AUGCGUUUCUCAUUCUUGGCUUCUAUCGUUUUGUCCCUUGUAGGCCUUGCUCCAGCAGCUCCUGUUGCAGAAGCUGCUGCCUCAGAAUAUGCUGGGUAUCUUAUCUCGACGUUCUCAGACGCAAACCCGGCUGUACAGUUCCACCUGUCAGUCGGGAACAAUCCGGGCGAAUAUGAGUUUUCCAAUGGUGGUGAAGCAGUGCUGAAUUCAACUGUUGGAACCAAGGGUGUUCGAGAUAUCUUCCUUACGCACAAUCCUGAUCGCACGGAGUGGUUCGUCAUUGCUACUGAUCUCGAUAUCAGAGUUUCGGGCUUCUCCUGGGAUACAGUGACCAGAAACGGAAGUCGCGGACUUGUGGUAUGGAGAUCUUCGAAUCUGGUGGACUGGUCCCAACCAGCACUCGUCACUGUCGAAGCUCCCGAGGCCGGAAUGGCAUGGGCUCCCUCCGUAGUUUAUGAUUCCGCUACAUCACAGUAUUUCGUCUUCUGGGCCUCUCGUCUCUACUCUUCCUCUGACACCUCUCACACCGGUACCGCUUCCUUUGAUCGAAUUCGCUUCGCGACUACAGAAGAUUUCACUACCUUCUCCGCACCCCAGGACUACAUCGCAAUCCCAGGUACGCCUGUCAUCGACCAGGAGUUCCAAUACCUCGGUACGCCCGGGCACUAUGCGCGCUUCAUCAAGAAUGAGACUGUGAACCAGGUAUAUCAGGAGCUCACCACGGGGGGACUUUUUGGGAAUUGGGAGAGGGUGGAGGGAUAUGUAUCGAGUUCGUCACCGUCGGAGGGACCCGCGGCCUUUGAAGAUAACCUGGAGAAGGGGAAGUAUUAUUUGUUGUUGGACAACUAUCAAGAGUACGUUCCGUUUCAGACAGCCAACAUUGAGCAAGCGGGAAGCUGGGUGGCUGCUGGGUUUGCAGGCUUCCCAAGAGGAUUAAAGCAUGGCUCAAUUACGCCGCUGUUACAGAGCGAGAUGGAUGCUUUUAGGGCGAGGUACCCGGCUUGA